UUCCCCAUGUAUACGCCUCUGAGAAUGCUUUUUCUCAAAUAAAAAUGGUUGUCCCGUUAUCAAAGGAGUUUUAACCGAUUUUUAGAUAAUCAAAAACCAACAUUAAAAUUGAUCUAUUUAAGAAGAAUGAUAAAAAUCAUAUUUGUACAAUAUAUACAGAACAUUUGUACAUAGCAUGCCAAACUGUACAGACGAACCACGCAAUGACAGAGAAAUUACGGAGUUCUGCAAAUUUUGGAUUGAGGGAGUCAUUGUAGUUCUAAUCGCUCUAUUUGGUCUCCUAGCUAAUUCAGUUUCUCUCUACAUUCUCUCAAAGUUGCCGAAGAAUACAUUCAAUCAGCUGUUGAUUGCGCUUGUUUCCGUGGAUUCUCUGAUUGUCGUCUUCGCUACAAUUGACACGAGUUUGGUUCCUGUGUUUGAAUGGCCUUUGCAUCAAGACAAUUGGUUUUACAUCAGCGCUGCUCGGUAUUUGCUGUAUCCUGGGAACAACAUUCUUCUCUGCUUUGGGAUUUAUCUAACUGUUGCUAUUGCAGUAGAAAGAUAUUUUGCUGUAUGUUGUCCUGUUACCUAUAGGGAGAUACAGCUAACAUACUCCACCUUUGCCAGAAUUUGUUGGUAUGUUGGACCUUCAGCUCUACUUGGCAUACUGGUUAAUAUUCCAAGAUAUUUUGAGACCGAGGUCCUUGAUUUCCAAGGCAGAAAUAUGACGGCAGAUGAAGAUGAUUUGGUUGUGUAUAAAGAUGAAGGAGCAGAAGUUGCUUUGAUGCUCUCAAAAAUUAGGAAAACAUUGAAUAAAAUUCUUGGAAAUUAUAUUUAA